CACACACACACACACACACACACACAAAGGAGAAGGAAGUGGUUUGACUGAUUAGUUAUCCAAGAACAAUGUACAAAUUAACAAAGAGGAAGGAGGCAGGUAAGGAGUAAAAACUACUUGACAUAGCAGCGUGCUUUAACUGAGGGGGCAAAUAAUGUAAGUGAAGGGGACGGCUUGAGUUCGUGAAUUUUAUGUACUGCUGGUGUGAGAAUCUGAAACUUGUACUUGAAUUUGUGUGAGCUGCAUCCGUAUUUUUGUUUUGGUGUGAGUGCUCUGUCGUUUAUCCAUUGAAGUGUCUCAUGAUUAUUGUAUGUGCUGUGAAGGGUCCUCUCUCUCUCUCUCUCUCUCUCUCUCUCUCUCUCUCUCUCUCUCUCUCUCUCCAGUAAGUCUGUUUAUACUACCCUCUCUCUUCUUUCCAUCCUUCAGUCCUCCGCAUAUUACGUCCUCCGUGCCUCUGCUUUUCACCUGUCCUCCCGCCCUCCCUCACCUGUCGUCAGUGGCGCGCCUCUUCACACUCCAUUAACCCCCCAAUUGUUACGGGUCUCGCUCCCCUCACGCUCCCAUAGGCGCUCGCUACUAAGAUUGACAGCUCACUUUCCUCCCAGCCUGGUCUUCCCCAUCUCGUAUUACGCAUGUAGCUCUCACUCCCCUCGUUUUCUCUCCCUGUCCCUCCCCUCGCUCUUCCCCUCGGUGGGUCGCGCUCCCGGGAGGUCGUUCUGGUGAGCGGUGAGGAAGGCAUUCGUCCAGGAGGCGCCGGGCGAGCAUCACUGUUCGCCUCCGCUCCUCGCCGCACUGCCUCGUGUGUUCCUGCACCGCGCUACCUCGCCACCAGCCUGCCACGCGUACACUGCACGCCGUGCUUACUGUAGAAUAUAAACACCUCCUUUCACUGGUGUCACGAGCCCCUGUCCCUGUCCCUGCCCCUGCCCCUGGAGGAGUAAUGGUCGUGUUUGGUAGUUAGAACAGUCAGGGCGCGGGUGAGUGCAGAGUGUGUGUGUGUGUGUGUGUGUGUGUGUGUGUGUGUGUGUGUGUGUGUACAUGUUUCGCGGCCACGUGCAUGACGCCCCGUGACGCGUGUUUGGCCAUGGUGGACUGUCACUGCUCAGGCUAUGCUGGGCUGCGGAUAGCGGUGGCGGCGCGACGGUGCCUGCAGGGGCUGGCCUUCCCUCCAGGCCACGUCGCCGUCCAGGGAGCAGCGGCGUGGUAGGACACACUGCAUGUCGCCGCACCGGGGAGCAGGAUACAGCGUGGGAGUGUUCUUCCCCACGUGGCGGCCUGUGGUGGCCUCUGCUGCUGCUGCUGCUGCUGUUGCUGCUACUGCUACUGCUGCUACACGAGGGCGAGUAGGCCACCAUGCUGAGGAGCCUGCCGCCCAACCCGGACGCCUCGUCGUGACCUGCGGUGAUGGCAGCUCGCAGGGGCUGCCGUGGUAGUUGUGACCAGGGCUAAGGCGCCCUUGAGCACUCACGCGGCGCUGGACAAUGGAAGAAGAUGGGGUGGUGGUGGUGGCGGUGGCUGCCAUAGGCAAGCCUGAAGAGAGUGUUGUUGUGGCUAAUUGGAGUGACUGUGGGCGGAACUCUUCGGGCAACACGAGCGGGUGUGUGACGGUGGUGGGGAAUGUGACGGGCCCGGAGAGAGACGAGAUUCUGGCCCGGGUGGAGGUGGCAGUGCUGGCGGUGCUGCUGGUGGUGAUCCUGGUGUCUAACCUUCUGGUGCUGGUGGCCCUGAUCCGCUCGUCCCUGCUGCGCCCCAUGUCGCGCACUUACUUCUUCAUGACACACAUCUGUACCGCGGACCUCAUGGUGGGUCUCUGUAACGUGCUGUCUCAGCUCGCAUGGGACCUCACCUACUACUUCCGGGGACCCAACUGGCUGUGCAAGAGUGUCAAGUUCCUACAGGUGAUGCCGCUGUACCUGUCGCCGCUGCUGCUGGCCUGCCUGGCCUUCGACAGGUACCGCGCCAUAUCGUGGCGCAUCGGCAGCAAGCUGUGGUCUUCGCUGCGCAUGGUGAGCAUGGUGUGGGGGCUGUCCGCCCUGCUGGCGCUGCCCCAGGCCUUCCUCUUCUCGAAGAAGCAAAUGCACAACGGGGAGUUCAACUGCUGGGCAGACUUCCCGGAGGAGUGGGGCAUCAAGGUCUACGUGGUGUACUUCGUGUGUGCAGCAUUCUUCGGGCCCAUGCUGGUCACCGUGUACUGCUACACCUGCAUCACCCUCAAGGUGUGGCGCUACUCACGCUACAGGCGCGGCUACGUGCCGAUGCGGACGCUGCUGCUGCGGUGGGCGUGCUGCGUAGAGCGGGAGCGGGAGGUGCCGGGGUCGCGGGCCAGCACGGGGGCGGGGUCAUCCGUCACCUCGGGGUCGUCCAGCACAGUGCGGGUGAGUCGCAUGCCGCUGAUGGUGCACAGCUUCCCCAACGUGCCGCAGCCACUCUCCCUCGCCAAGAUGAAGACCAUCAAGCUCACCCUCAUCAUCACCUUCUUCUUCAUCGUGUGUCACGCGCCCUUCUGCUUCACUCAGCUGUACAGAGCCUUCUCCACCGCGCCGCCAGGGGAGACGAGCCACCCUAUUGCAGUGAUCACUCUGUUGCUUCCUUCCCUGCCCUCUUGCGUCAACCCGUGGAUCUAUCUCUGCUUCUCCGAAAAUCUUCUCAACCAGAUUUGUGGGUGCCUCAGGGGGAGUCUUCGUGCCCGCCACGUUAAGGAGAACAACAGCAUAGGUGAUCAAGAACCUGAGGACCACCACCACCACCACCAUCACCACCUCUACUACUACAGACACCGCCGCCGCCGUCUGGAGCAGCGGAAUAGGCUUAGAUGCUCCCCAAGUUAUAACAGAAGAGGUGUUUAUGCCUGUAGGCAUCCCAGUACACUCUCCGAUCACUUUCCAAAGGGUAGGCCUAAGGAACAAAUCGAACUGGCGAUGUUUGGGACGAGUUUAUGAAGAACAUAGAAACCAUGUUGAGUUUUAGUGGAUAUGAAGCAACUGACGACAUGGAAAGGCGCUACCUCUCCUGCUGAAAGAAUGCCGUGACUCAGGAUCGAACUGGUGACCUUUAUAUUGCCAGACAAGUUGUACCAUUGAGCCACCUGCACCCACCCCUUCAAGACUCUAAGAUGGCGGGCAGGUGCAAUGGACAGGUGUGACGGGGUACUAGGAGGUGGCCUCGUCUUGGACUGUGAACGUGUUGUCUUUCCCACGGUGUUAGCAGGAGUGUUCCCUUGAAGUGUUUGUUUUCAUGGUGGUGGUGAAUGGCUGGCUGGCUUUGGAUGGCGGAGUCUAGGGCGGUGAAGUGAAGUGGUCGUCGUCUUGUGGUUUGAAAAGAGUGAC